AUGGCCGCCCAGCAAGAGCCAGAGCAGGAGCACGCAGACAGCUACCCACACUCACAGCACCUAGAAGCACUGGACCGACUUUGCUCAAAGUUUUACAUGAUGCUAUGCAACAGAGGGGUGCUGUACCUUCAAGCGGCUAAGAUGGUCUCCUCAUGGAUCCGUCCUGACACCCGCCGAUGCCACUACGGAGCUCCACUGCGGGCCUUCGGAGGGGACAAGCAGACCAAAACGCAAUGGCGGCGGACGAAAGUUCGGAGCACAUUGGGUGCAGGCCACCACUCACACACAAACAGUGAUAACUGCCAGAAAUGUCCUGACAAUGAAUAUCCGGAUGAAAAUAAAACAAAUUGCAUUCCCAAAACGUAUGACUUUCUGUCAUAUGAAAAUGAUAUUAUGACUUUAGUUUUCUCUUUAAUCUCUCUUUUUUUUUCACUCAUAAUUGUCUUUAUUUUGGGAACAUUUAUUAUAUUCUGGGAGACUCCCAUUGUCAGAGCAAAUAACCGGAAUCUCAGCUUCAUCCUCCUGGUCUCUCUCAUGCUGAGCUUCCUCUGUGUGUUUCUGUUCCUCGGUCGUCCUGUGGAUAUAACCUGCAAGCUGCGUCAAACCUCUUUUGGGAUCAUCUUUUCAGCAUCUGUAUCUUCUGUACUGGGCAAAACUAUCAUGGUUUAUAUGGCUUUCAAAGCUACUAAACCAGGCAGCAUGUGGGUUGGGGUCAAAGUGUCUAAUACCAUAGUUCUGAUAUGCACAUCUAUCCAGAUCCUAAUUAAUGUUCUUUGGUUGUGCAUUUCCCCUCCUUUUCAAGAACUGGACAUGCACUAUUACCCUGGAAGGAUCAUCAUUCAGUGUAAUGAAGGCUCAGUUAUUGCGUUCUACUCUGUUCUGGGUUAUAUGGGGGUUCUGGCAGCUGUUAGUUUUAUUAUUGCUUAUUUAGCCAGGACAUUACCGGACAGUUUUAAUGAGGCCAAGUAUAUCACCUUCAGCAUGCUGCUGUUCUGUAGUGUGUGGAUUGCAAUGAUCCCGGCCUAUCUGAGCACCAAAGGGAAAGACAUGGUGUCUGUAGAGAUCUUUGCCAUAUUCACUUCUAGUGCUGGCUUGUUAGGCUGUAUAUUUUUUCCUAAAAUUUACAUAAUGCUUAUAAAACCUGAAAUGAAUACCAAAAGACAUCUUCUGGACAAAAUUAAGUCAUAA